UAAUCUUCUUUCAAUUUGCUACAAUCUUUUCUUGCGUCUCAGCUCAAUAUUCAUCUUAUCUUUUGCUUCUGAAAUCCCAACUGCAAGUUGUUUAUAUAUAUAUCUUUUCUUAUAGUCCAAUAUUUAUUAAUUAAAAUACUAUUUUCACUCUUUUCUUGAAGUUUCUCUCAAUGUCUCCUGCUUCUUUGGUCAGAGGAUGUACCAUAAAAGCUGCCAAUAGUAUCAUCUCUACGCUUGGCUUCAUUGUUUUUCUCUAUCUUGAUUUUCUCGAAAUCAUCUUUUGUAUUAUUUAUAGGUUUCUUGAUAAGUUCUUUGAAGGGAAGGCAUGUUCUUGUUAUUGUGAAAGCAGAGAAGCGCAAGAAGGGAAUGCUGGGGUUGAUGCAGAGGGUAUUGAGAUGUCAGAGACUUUGUAUAGGAGGCAAAAUGUGUUUAGGCAAACGGGACUUUUGGGUUUUGCAAGGAAAUGGGAGAACUGCUCUGUUGGUGCUGCUGAAGGAAAGAUGGUGAAUAACAAUAAGUGGUCUGAUUGUGGGUGCGAAUCUUGUGUUUCUUGGAUGAAAGAUGGCAGUGGGCAGAAGUUGCAUGUAGUUAUGAGGGAACCUUCGAGAGCUGCCAAUGCGGAUAGCUGCAGCAAUUUGGCAGAAAAUGUGAUAUUCCUGCAUGGGUUCCUCUCUUCCUCUUCAUUUUGGACAGAGACAGUGUUUCCAAAUCUCUCCGAGUCUGGAGAGCAAAACUACAGACUAUUUGCUGUCGAUCUUUUGGGAUUUGGAAGGAGUCCUAAGCCAAAUAACUGUUUCUAUACUUUAAGGGAUCACUUGGAAAUGAUUGAAAAAUCCGUGAUCCAUCCUUUCGAGUUGAAAUCUUUCCAUGUCGUUGCAUAUUCCAUGGGCUGCAUUAUUGCACUGGCACUUGCUGCGAAAUACUCAGAUUGCGUGAAAUCAAUCACCCUCGUAGCACCACCAUACUUCCCAAGUUCUAAAGAAGAGGCAAGUCUAGUAGCGCUUCAAAAACUUGCUGGGAAGAAAUUGUGGCCACCAUUGCUCUUUGGUUCGUCUUUUAUGUCAUGGUACGAGCACUUAGGCCGAUGCGUUUGUCUACUUAUUUGUCGAAACCACAAGAUAUGGGAGAAUAUUCUGAAGCUACUUACUUGGAGAAGGGAUCUCCAUUUCAUAGCUGUUGACUUGACAAGGCACACGCAUCAUUCAGCUUGGCAUACAAUGCAUAAUGUGGUAUGUGGAGGAGCAAAAUUCAUGGAUGACUACUUGGAGACUUUGAUGAAAUCCAAAGUGAAAUUUUGUGUAAUCCAAGGCGACAGCGAUAAUGUUGUCCCAUUGGAGUGUAGCCAUAAUUUCAAGAGUAAGGUUACUGAUGCACAAGUUAGUAUUGUCCCUAAUGCUGAUCAUGUUUCUGUCGUCAUCGGCAGAGACAGGGAUUUUACUAUAAAUUUAGAGCUUAUUUGGACAUCAAUUGCUGACCCAGAAUUUUGUUUGGAAGAUGACAAUAGUUCAGAAAUUUGAUCGCUCUUUCUUGUAAUUCUUAGCUGAAGCAUUCUUUUCACAGGGACCCAAAAAAAAAACAUAAAUUAAAUUUAAAGUGAAAGGGUAACUAAGUUUUUCUUC